GGCGCGGACGGCACGCACGUGUACGCGCCCGGCCAGCCACCCUGCGAGGAGGAGGAAAGCGGCGAGCGGGGGGCGAGCGGGAGAGACGCCGCCCUCCUUUCCCAGCGGGGUUUCUGCAAGGGGGAGGGGGUCCUCCCCAGUGGUUGGGCACUACAACUCCCAUAGUCCCCAGCCAGAGGCCCUUACUGCGGGGGACGCUGGAAGCUGUAGGCCGGGGAAGGGGUCCCUCCGUCUUGUUGCAGGGCGCUCUGCUGCUGCUGCUCCUUACGGGAGGCUUUGGCAAGCGUGGUGGGGGCCACUUCCGCCCAGCCCUCCCCUCUCGUCCUCGCCGGCUGUUCCGCAGGACGCGGUUGCGCCCUUGCCUGCCUCCGCCGCCCGCUCCAGCCGCUUCUCCGACCACCUCCUCCUCAUGGGGCGCGUCAAUGGCGCCCAGAGCCACGACGUUCCUGACGGAGGGGAGUCCGCUCCACGGCUGCGACGACCUCACCCAAGUCAACCCAGUGACCACCACGGCAGUCCUGAAGUGCCUGCAGGCAAGGUACACCCGGGGUGUCUUUUAUACCAACGCCGGCUGCAGCCUGGUGGCUGUGAACCCCUUCCGGCCGAUCCCGGCCCUCUACUCGCCAGAGCUCAUGAGAGAGUACCACACUGCCGCCCGCCUGCAGGAGUUAAAGCCUCACAUGUUUGUGGUGGCAGAGGAGACCUCCCGCAACGUCGAGAGCCAGAUCCCGCCCGUCGACCAGUCGAUUGUCGUUAGCGGCGAGAGCGGGGCCGGGAAGACAUGGACAUCGCGUUGCCUGAUGAGGUUCUAUGCUGCCGUGGCCACGUCAUCCACCACCCUGGGAGGCCACGAAACCGUGGAAAGAAUAGAGAAGAGGCCCUCUAGGAAGGCCCCCAAGCGGAGCAGGAAGGCAUACAUAAAUAUUUUUUUUAACCAGGUAAACGCGCUAAAUAAUGUUUUGGUUGCACACUCCAGAUCUUGACAUCUAACUAGUGCAUCGAUUCAGACGUUCCUGCUGGAAAAAACCAGAGUUGCCUAUCAGGCCCCUUGCGAAAGGAACUUCCACAUCUUCUACCAGAUUGCAAAAGGUGCCACUGAAGAAGAGCGUCGGGAAUGGACCCUCCCGGAAGGAUCCGAUUUCCGUUGGCUGCCCAACCCUGAAAAGGCUCUGGAAGAGGACGGCUUUGAGGUAACGCGGGAUGCCAUGCUCCAUUUGGGCAUUGACCGUGGUGUGCAGAAUAAUGUUUUCAAGAUAUUAGCAGGACUUCUGCACUUGGGAAAUAUCCAGUUCUUGGAGCUGGGGGAUGAAUCGCAGCCAUGCGGGCUAGAAGAUUACGUCAAAGAGUUUGCCAAGACCACGUCCAGAUUGUUGCAAGUGCCCAUGGAGCAGCUGUUGGAAACGCUCCGGAACCGGACCAUAACGGCAGGGAAGCAGCAGCAAGUCUUCAAGAAGUUGUGCUCCAAGGCCGAGUGUGAGAUGAGGCGAGACUGCCUGGCCAGAGUAGUCUAUGCCAAGCUCUUUGACUGGCUGGUCUCUGUGAUCAACGGGAGCAUCUAUGCAGACCCGUCUGUGUGGAGCAACUUCAUAGGUCUGCUGGAUGUUUAUGGCUUCGAAUCUUUCCCCGAAAACCACCUGGAGCAGCUGUGCAUCAACUAUGCCAAUGAGAAACUGCAGCAGCAUUUUGUGGCCCAUUUCCUGAAGGCACAGCAGGAAGAGUAUGCCAUGGAAGGUCUGGCGUGGUCUUUCAUUAGCUAUCAGGAUAAUCAGGGCUGCUUGGACGUGAUCGAAGGCAGCCCCGCGAGCCUCUUCUCCCUGCUCAACGAGGAAUGCCACCUCAACAGGCCUUCCAACGCCAGCCAGUUUCAAGCCCGGCUCGAGCAAGCCCUGUCCGGUAACCCGUGCAUUUGCAGGGACCGCUUCAGAAGGGAGCCAAGCUUCACCGUCUCCCACUACGCCGGCAACGUCUGCUAUCGGGUAGAAGGCAUGGUGGAGAAGAACAAGGAUCCCGUCCCCCCAGAAUUAGUCCUGCUUCUUCAGUGGUCCCAAGACACCUUGCUGCAGAAGCUGUUUCCCGCCGCCGCCAGCCAGAAGACCACGGAGAACAGCCGCAAGACUCAGACCAAGCCAGGGAGGGUCACCGUGGUGUCCAAGUUCAAGGGCUCGCUGGACCAGCUGAUGGCCAUCUUGCACAGUACUGCCCCUCACUACGUCCGAUGCGUCAAGCCCAACGCAGAGUGCGAGGCGGCCGUCUUCCGGGAGGACGAGGUUCUGCGACAGCUGGAGGCGUGUGGCAUUGUGGAAACGGUCGGCAUCAGCGCAGCUGGCUACCCUAUUCAGCUCUCUUUCCGCACAUUUCUGGAGCGCUACGAAGUGCUGAAGGAAGUUGGACAGUCGGACACAGAAGCCCUGCAGAAGGAAGAUGGCUUUUCUCAUAUGGGAAAUGUCCUGCUGGAGUCUUCUUCCAAACUUCUUCCAAACUGGAGUCUUCUUCCACUCUUGCCAAACUGCUUCUCCGCGGGAGUCUCUCUUCCAAGUAGCCAAGCUCAUCUCUCUCUCUCUCUCAGCCUGUUGCUUUAAUCAAACCAGGCCGGCUGCCCUCUGAGCAGAGGCUGGGCUCCUCCAUCCGCUGAAGAGGCUGGCCACACUCUGCACUCUGCCGUCCAGGGCAUCCUCCUACUCUCACAAGCGCCCCUCCCCUGCGGCCUGCCAAGGGCGGAUCGUGUGUAGCUCCGGCGUAUUGUGGCAAAACCAAAGUGUUUAUGACAAACGCCAUGCUAGAGCGACUUGAAGCUCAAAGAGCUGGUGUCUUCUCGAAGAAAGCGUUGCUCAUCCAGGGCUGCUGGCGGAGGUUUAAGAGGCGGAAGCUGGCGAGGCAGAGGCGGGCUGCCACGAUCCUCCAGUCAGCUGUUCGCUUGUGGCUAGCCAGGGAAUGUUUCCGGAGACUGUGCAAGGCUGUGGCGGUGAUCCAACAGGCCUGGAGGAAAUGGAAGGUUUUCUGAAAAUUGCAAGGAUCCCCAAGGUUGUUCACCGAAAUUUGGCUCCAGUCCUGACCUCCUGGCUUGACCCCCUGGGCUGUUUCUGGCUCCCUCCGCCUCAGCUCAUCGGAGACAUUCUACACAUUGGGCC